AUGGAAGUGAUCUUGACUAAGGACGCGGAGGUGCAAAAGGUUAUUGCAGGUGUUUCGGCUGCGAAACCUCUUCCGCAACUCCGAAUGCCCACUGAAUGUGUUGCGAAGAACAAGAUUGAUGUCUUUUUUCCGUCUGCUUAUUGCUUCCCCGUUGGUUCGGUGACCACAUGUGCGCUUUUGCUGGUAGUUCUCCGCGCCACCUUCGAUAGUUGGAGACUACAGCGAAAGCUACCGCCUGGUCCCCCCGGUGCCCCGUCCAUUGGGAACAUUCUCCAAUCACCCAAAGUUCGCGCGCAUCUCAAAGUGGCCAAGACAUAUGAAGGUCUAUACAGCCUCCAUAUUUGUCCGGCGACGGCCGCGGUGAUUACAGACCGUGCUCUGGUCAAGGAGCUGUUCGACAAAUGGAGCGCGCUGUACAGCUCACGUCCAGCCUCACACGUUGGACAGAGCAUAAUUAGCCGUGGUGACCAUCUCAUAGCCAUGGACAAUAGCGACAAUUGGCAUCUAUUCCGCAAAACCAUAAAUCAGCAUUUCUCGGCUUCUAUGUGCGAAAAGACGCAUGUCCACCUGCUGGAGGCUGAGCAUACACAGAUGAUGCGCGACUUCCUUCUGCAUCCUGAGAAGCAUACGAAGCGCAAAAUAAUAGCAUUAUAA